CCAGAAACCCUCGUCUUCUCUUCGUCCUCAAUCUCUCCACCACUUUCAAACCACAGUCUCCAAUUCCUCCUCUUCUUUCCUGAAAUAUUUCAAACUUCGAUCUCCAGAUUUUCAGGAAUGAGCAACGAUAAGGACAAUUUCAACGUCAACGAUCUCACUGCUGCUCUUAAAAAUGAGGAUCGAGCAGGCCUUGUCAACGCUCUUAAGAACAAGCUGCAGAAUCUGGCUGGAGAGCAUUCUGAUGUGCUCGAGAAUCUGACUCCUAAAAUCAGAAGGCGUGUUGAGGUCUUGAGGGAGAUUCAGGGCAAGCAUGAUGAAAUAGAGGCAAAAUUCCGCGAGGAGAGAGCUGCCCUUGAAGCCAAGUAUCAAAAGUUGUAUCAGCCUUUGUACACCAAGCGUUAUGACAUUGUGAAUGGAACUACCGAAGUUGAAGGAGUACCAGAGGAUGCUAAGAUGGACCAAGGAGAGGAGAAAGCGGCAGAAGAGAAAGGAGUCCCUAGUUUCUGGCUGACCGCCCUGAAAAACAAUGAUGUUAUAUCUGAGGAGAUCACAGAGCGUGAUGAAGGGGCCCUCAUGUAUCUUAAAGAUAUUAAGUGGUGCAAGAUAGAGGAACCAAAGGGAUUCAAACUUGAGUUUUUCUUCGACCAGAACCCUUACUUUAAAAACACCCUUUUAACAAAGGCGUAUCAUAUGAUUGAUGAAGAUGAGCCUCUGCUUGAGAAGGCUAUCGGGACAGAGAUUGAUUGGUAUCCUGGAAAAUGCUUAACUCAGAAAAUUCUUAAGAAGAAGCCUAAGAAAGGUGCGAAGAACGCGAAACCAAUUACCAAAACUGAAGACUGCGAAAGCUUCUUCAACUUCUUCAAUCCUCCCCAAGUUCCUGAUGAUGACGAAGACAUUGACGAGGACAGAGCUGAGGAACUUCAGAAUCUGAUGGAACAAGAUUAUGACAUUGGUUCUACUAUCCGGGAGAAGAUUAUACCUCAUGCUGUCUCAUGGUUUACUGGUGAGGCUAUUGAAGGGGAGGAGUUUGACAUAGACAAUGACGAUGAGGAUGAUAUUGAUGAGGACGAAGAUGAGGAUGAAGAAGAAGAUGAUGAGGAUGAGGAAGAAGACGAUGACGAAGAUGAGGAGGAAGAAGUAAGCAAGACCAAGAAGAAGCCGUCAAUCCUACACAAGAAAGGAGGCAGACCUCAGCUUAACGACGGGCAACAAGGAGAGAGGCCUCCUGAAUGCAAGCAACAGUAAACGAAAUCUAAAAACCAGGAAAAAAAAAUGUUCUGGAUUUUGAAUGUGCUUCCAUGUGAGGCAAAAUGUUUUGUGGACUGCUGAUAGAAGUUUCGCUGUAGGCAAAAGAUUGUGCUUUCAUGAGAUAUUUGAUAAAUUAUUUUUGGUGUUUUUUUUUUUUUGGUUCUUUUUAUCACUGAGUAAAUCUUGGUGUGUUCAUCAAUUAUAUCCGUUUACCACUUGAAUUAAGUCUUCUGGUUUCAUUACUCUUUUUAUCAAUAUUAUUGUUUUAGCUUUGGGUGCA